CUCGUCCUUUGCAAAACUGCUAUAAGCAAUUUGCUUGAGCCCACCGUUUUUUUGUGUUAGCACAGGCAAUAUCGCACCAAUUUUCAUAUCUCCUCUUUUCUUUCGCCAAAUAAUUUAUUUGCCCUUUUUCUGCACUUUUCGUUAUAACAAAAAAAAUGGAUUUCAACAAGCUCGUCGGCGCUGCCACCUCUGCGUACAGCAAGUACCAAGAGGGCCACAAGGAUGGUGAUAACAACUCCAACAACUACGGCAACGAGAACAGCUCGAACAACUAUGGCAACUCGAACAACUAUGGCAACGAGAACGAAGGGGACAGAAUGGCCUCUCCCAGCCAGUACAAGGGCGGAAACAACGACCAGACCAACGAGAGUUACAACAGCAACGAUGGUAACUCUGGCUACAACAACCAGAACUCAUCUUCGGGAGGCAGCCAGAGCGGCUUUGACAUCAGCAAGAUUGCGUCUAUGGCUUCUGGCCUCCUUGGCGGGAGCAGCCACGGCAACAGCAGCAGCAACAACGACGGUGGCAACCAGAGCAGCGGCUCGCUCGAUAUCGGCAGCCUUGCUUCCAUGGCCUCGGGUUUCCUCGGCGGCAACAGGGAGAGCAGUAACAACAGCGGCGGCGGCAGCGCCGACCUGAUGUCGUCUGCUCUCAAGCUGGCCACAGGCAACAGUGGGUUCAACCAGGGUAACACCGGCAAGAGCGAGAUGCUGUCCAACUUUAGCAGCAUUUUUGGCGGAGGCAGCAGCGGCAGCGGUAACAUGGCCGAUCAGGGCCAGAAGGCAAUGGGGCUUGCAGCUGCGUACAUGGCGCUCCAGAAGUUCCAGGGCGGUGGCAGCAGCUCCGGCGGAGGCCAGAACCAGCUUGUUGCACUGGCCAUGUCGGAGGCCAAGAAGCUGUUUGGCCAGCACUCCGAGCAGGGUGGCAGUGCCAACGAGAAGGAGACCCUAGCCACUGCCGCCCAGGCCGCCAUGAAGCUGUUUAGCUCGCCGGGCAACCACUAAACCAAAGACAAAAAUUUUUACAAUUUUGCAAACGAAAAGUUAUAAAUAAAAAUUAGAGUCCAGCUAUCGGAAAG